AUGGACAUGACUAGCUUCUUCCCUAAGCCAAAGAAGCAGAAUGUCGUGUCACAACCACUGAAGGCAUGGAUGAAGAGGAAUAGCUCUGAUGGUUUUAAAGAGGACUCUGAAGAAGCGAUGCUGGAAUACAUGGCAUCUGAUGCUUCGCCUCUUCCACAUUCAUUUCACAAAAUUUGUCAACACGACGAGCCCUUCGUCGCCGGCUCCGACCUUCUCGUCGAGGCCGGCUACUCCUACUGGACCCUCGGCUACGCCCUCAGCCUCUCGGGGGCCAAGAAACUCCUCGAGGGCGACCCUCUGACUCGCCUGGUGCCCGUCGACGAGUACCUGCCCAUCCUGUUCGACAAGCACCCGCAGGAAAACUGGAAGGGCCACUACCCGCGCAGGGACCUGGUCGCCCUGUCGGCUGCUCCUUUACUGCUCUACCCCACGCACUACACUGGCGAUGCGGGGUACGUCAGCGAUACCGAGGAUUCGGUGCUGGUGCCAGAUGUGCUAGCAGCCAGAGAGGAUCUUUAG